AUGGCCGGUCGACUUCUGACCCUCAUGCCUGCGGCCGCCGUGGCCGCGUGGGCGGGCGCCACGGCUGCCGCCCCGGCGCUCGCGGCGGCGGGCGGCGGGGGCGGAACGCUCAUGCUGCGGCCCGUGGGGCCGGGGGUGACGGGGCCGGCGGCCAGGCCGCAGGGGCUUGUCUUGCUAGCGCCGCAAUCCGGGGGUGGGGGCAUUGUAGGCCAGUCGCUCGUCCUGCAGCCGCAGCAGCAGCAGCAGCAGCAGCAGCAGCAGCAGCAGCAGCAGCAGCAGCAGCAGCAGCAGCAGCAGCAGCAGCAGCAGCAGCAGCAGCAGCAGCAGCAGCAGCAGCAGCAGCAGUUCCAGCCCGUGGGCGGGCAGCUGCAGCUGGCGCUCAUGGGCGCACCCAACCAGCAACAGGGCGGCGGCGCCGGCAUGAUGGGCGCGCCGCCGCGACCGCUGUCGGUGCAUGCACAUGCUCAGGGGCAGCAGCAACAGCAGCAGCAGCAGCAGCAGCAACACCACAUGCAGCAGCAGCAGCUGGCAAGUGGCGCCGCGGGAUACAUGACGGCAGGUCACCGGCCAUUCGCUCCGGUCAGCUAUCCCACUCAGCAGGCGCCCGCCUACUCGCAGCAGCAGCUUCUUCAGCUGCAGCUUCUUCAGCAGCAGCUUCUGCAGCAGCAGCUACUGCAGCAGCAGCAGCAGCAGCAGCAGCAGCAACUGCUGCAGCAGCCGGCGCCACCCUGGCGACAGUGA